UGACGAAUAGUCAACCUGUUUUUCCCGUGGGGAGUGUGAUUAUCUAAAAUGGACCCAGGAAAUGGACACGCUUGUCCAUAUCUUUUAACAUUAUUUUCAAAGGCAAAAUACAUUAAAAAACAUGCAUUCAUCACGUGCAAUACAGUGAUACCGCAAUCACACUUCCUUGCUGACUCCCAACCGAUUUCAAACCGACCAAUACUUGGCCAUUUUGCUUGGUGUAGUGUUCUUCUGGUGAUAGUCGUACUGCGCAUACUCGGAAGUGGUGGCUUCCAGCUUGUGAUUGGCCGAUGAAGUGACGCCCCAGCUGAACUCACUGCACUCCCCUGCACUCCCGUACUGGAAGCUAUAAAAAUCUCAGUAUACCUCUUACACCCUAGUGAAUCGAGCCAACUCUUCUGCUACAUUCACAACCAAUAGAGCUCGGUGAAUUUGAAAAAAAUCACGAGCUGGAGUAGAGAGAGUGAAUGGAGAGAAAAACUAGUUGUGGAGAGCUAGUUAACGUCGGAGCUGAAGCUUUGGUAUAGACACGGGCGCCAGUUGUAGCAUUGAAUCAAGCGAUCGAAAAUUGCAUCUAUGUCUUCCAUUUACAAAUGCUCGCUCUUUUGCGCUGAUUCAAACAUUACAUAUCAAAUUUGAUUGCAUGGUCGACCGUCUUCACCCCUCUCUAUGUAUCUCGUUCUCUAUCUCUGCAAAGAAGGAGACGUGCAUCGAAGCAUCUUUAAUAAUCGUAUAUUUUGUUUCCCGAGCCAUUACGAUAAUUGAAAGCCUGUCAGCUUGCUCGAGGCAACCGGGGAUUCCAACGAUGAACUUGAGAAGCACCGCACAGCAUAAUUAUACAGUGGGUAUAGAGUAUCAUAUUUGAACAUUUCUUCUGUGACAUUUCAGACCGAGAAGACUACGUUGAUUCAACAAAAGGCGUAAUUAAACAGACAAAUUAGCUCGUUGACAGCAUACUCAGCAUUUUAAAGAGAGGUCUUCUUAAGGGUAGAUGAGGCUACAGUGACAGCACAGUUUUCUCAUGCAACUUCACAGAGUUUGACUCAACCAUGGAUGUUGAGGAAUACCGCAGAAGAGGGAAGGAGAUGGUGGAUUAUGUGGCAGACUACUUAUCAACGAUCCGUUCCCGCCGAACGCUACCAGACGUCCAGCCGGGGUACCUUAAACAACUCAUACCUGACCAUGCCCCUGUCAAUGGAGAUAAAUGGGACGACAUUAUGGAGGACAUUGAAAGGGUCAUCAUGCCCGGGAUUACUCAUUGGCAGAGCCCUCACAUGCACGCUUACUUCCCCGCUCUUACCUCCUAUCCGUCCAUGCUGGGAGACAUGUUGGCUGAUGGUAUCAGCUGCUUGGGAUUCACAUGGGCAUCUAGUCCCGCGUGUACCGAGUUGGAGAAAAUCGUGAUGGACUGGUUGGCUGAUUUGAUUGGACUCCCAAGUACAUUCACACACCGUGACACAACAAACACUGGAGGGGGCGUGCUUCAGGGGACUAUGAGUGAAGCCACCUUGGUGUCCAUGUUCGCUGCUCGACGGGAUGCUAUCAUCCGUCUACAGGAGAAACCAGAAUACCAAGGAAUGGAGGAAGCCGUCAUAUGCUCUAAGCUUGUGGCUUACUGCUCUGAUCAGGCCCAUUCAUCUUUAGAGAAGAACGCAGUGAUAGCCAUGGUGAAACUAAGGCACGUACCAUCAGAUAAGAAACUCAGCCUACGUGGAGAAGCUCUUCAUGCUGCAAUCGAACAAGACAGGAGCAGAGGUCUGGUACCUUUCUUUGUUUGCGCCACCCUGGGCACUACAGGGGCAUGCGCAUUCGACAAUCUCGCUGAGCUAAGCGAAAUAUGUGAAAGGGACAACUUGUGGUUGCACGUGGACGCGGCCUACGCCGGGACAGCAUUCUUGUGUCCGGAGUUCCGGGGCCAUCUCCACGGGGUAGAAACGGUUCAGUCCUUUGCCUUCAAUCCCAGUAAAUGGCUUAUGGUUCACUUCGACUGCACUGCCAUGUGGAUACGUGACAGCAAGACACUAGAGAAGGCAUUUUGCGUCAAGCCGCUAUACCUCCGCCAUGACAAACAGGGAUCAGCCGUUGACUUUAUGCACUGGCAGAUCCCACUCAGUCGACGCUUCCGCUCCCUCAAGCUCUGGUUUGUACUACGUUCAUUUGGUGUCAAGAAACUUCAGGAGCAUGUCCGUCGGGGCGUUCGCCUAGGUCACUACUUUGAGAAACUAGUUUUAAACGAUGCUGCAUUUGAAAUACCAGCUGAGAGAAUCCUUGGUUUGAUUGUCUUUAGACUGAAGGGACCGAAUGGACUGACACAGGAGCUUCUACGCCGUCUCAAUUACUCUGGCAAGAUCUACGUUGUACCCGCCUCUAUCAAGGGUCUUUACGUCAUUCGAUUCACUGUGACAUCAACAGAGACCACCGAAGAUGACAUCUUGGAGGACUGGCGUCUCAUCCAGUCCCUGGCGCGCGAAAUCUUCGUCUCUACAGAAUUCGUGGCCAAUGUACCCACGCGGAUGGCAUCCUGGCCCGGUGCCCUCAACCUUACCGGUGCACCGGGUGCCACCCAUGUCCUCAAGAACCGGAAAGAAAUCUACAUUGAAAACAACAACGAGGACAAGAAGGAGGAAGACGAGGAGAACGAAAGUUUGGCUAAGAAGAUGGAAGGAAUGAAUAUGGAGGAGAAGGCAAACGGGCCCCCAAUCUUCAAACCAGGCAAGCUGGAAGCUGUGCUUGCAUGAUAGUUGCUGUACAUGUGAGACCCCGCCCGCAUGUCACAUUCCUUUCUUUUUAAUUGUUUUUUUUUUGUUUCAUUAUUAGUUUCCUGUAGAAUAUUUUCAUUUCAUAGAAGCUUUUUAAUCAAGUUCAGUAAAAACUGUGUUCAAUAUAUUGUUUGAAUAAUAGCUAGAAAAGCAUUAGUUUAAAAAAAAAAUAUUAACCCCUAUUAGUCUUCUGCUUACAGCUUUACUUUAGAAUGCUCUAGAAUAUGAUUUGA